CACAAUAUAGCUCCAUCAAGUCAACAUGGGUUAGGCAGCAUUGUCAGCCACUGAACUCGACGGCAAGUCUUAUGGCGGGAACCAUCCAGGCUCUGGUUGUCACUGGCUUUCCCGCCCCCGCGUCGGCUUUCCGUCAUCGGAACUCUGACUUACUCUCCAUCGAUGUAAAAUUUCGCGACAUUUCUCUCUCCUUUUCCUCACUGACUUGCAAUGUUCGCCGUUCACGAUUCCUACCUGCUAUCGUUAGAGCUUGUCAGCCCUCCGGCCAGUGGUUUCAGAUAGAUGGUAAUGGAAGCAAUCCUACCAAUCUCUCGGCUCUGACGAAGGGAUUGAGUUGGGCACAACCCAUCUUGAGCUUUGCUGGGAAUAACUUUUUACCCUUGGCUCUCAUCUCUGGAGUGACACUCGGACUAGCCUAUCCAAGCCUCGGCUGCCUAGCUGAUAAAUAUUCUGUGUCAAAACUUGGUCCAUUUGGAAUUUUUAUAAUCUCAGGACUGAUGCUGCGUAGUAAGGAAAUUGGUGCAGCCGUGGAAGCAUGGCCCGUUGGUCUCUUUGGGCUAGUGUCAAUACUGUUCCUGACGCCUAACUUUUCAAGGGCGAUAUUGCAAAUUCAGCUCCAACCCCAAGAAUUUAUUACAGGAUUAGCUGUCUUUAGUUGCAUGCCAACCACAUUAUCAAGUGGUGUUGCACUCACCCAGCUUGCUGGGGGAAACUCUGCUCUGGCUCUUGCAAUGACAGUAAUAUCUAAUCUGUUAGGAAUAUUCAUUGUCCCAUUUUCCAUCACAAAGUUUGUGGCUGAUGGAGUUGGAGUAACUGUACCUACUGAUCAUUUAUUUAAAAGUCUUCUUCUGACCAUAUUAGUCCCCCUCAUUUUGGGGAAGGUCGUACGUGAAUCUUUUAAAGGUGUAGCUGACUUUGUUGACCAAAACCGUAAACUUUUCUCAGGGAUCAACGCAUUUUUUCUUAGUUUAGUGCCAUGGAUACAAGUGAGCAGGUCUAGGUCACUGUUGUUAAUGGUGAAACCAAGAGUUUUUGUUGUCGCAAUUGGACUGGGAACACUUCUCCAUCUGAGCUUACUAUUAUUCAAUAUCAUUGCUGUGCGAAGUAUUUCAGCCAUCACUGGUGGUAUUGAGUCAGUAUUUUCUAGGGAAGAAAAUGCCAUCGCUUUUAUACUAGUUGCAAGUCAGAAAACACUACCAGUAAUGGUGGCAGUAAUAGAACCACUUCGUGGUGCACUUGGUGAAUCUGGGUUAUUGGUUCUUCCUUGUGUUGCAGCACAUCUAAACCAGAUUAUUAUGGACUCUUUUCUGAUUAACUUCCCGCGUUCAAAAGGCAACUCCAAUAGCAUCAAAGAGGCCAAGCAGUGAAAAUGCUGGUCAUUACUGUGGUUCCUUUCAGCUGGCAUAUUAAGUGGAAGCGCAUGGAGCUACAUUUUAUAAACCUUUGGGAAUUAGUAUCAACGAUGUUUAAAAUUUUUGCUUGGCGCUUCGCUUCCCAUCAGGUUCCAUGAAAUUUUAGGCGCUAUACCAAAUUGGUGAAGUUAGAUCUUCAGCCAAGCUUACAGUCAAAGGUCUUCAUGUGCUUUUAUCAAGUUAAUAGAUUCAUGUUUUUGUUUUUGUUUUUUUUUUUUUCACCACCAAAGAUUGUCUUCUCUAUUCUUAUUUUAUCAUACUUCUGAAGUUUUUCCAACGUAAAAAAGAGUAUUAGCACUGCUGCUAGCGUGGGCUAGUUGGUUUCAGUACCUUCAAAUUGGACAUGUGGACAAAUCAUUUCAUUGAUCUAAUUGUUGGAAUUCAUGUA